GUGCCUGUCGGGACUGCGGCACCGUGCGACUCUAUAGGCCCAAUGGCUUAGAUAGAGCGUUUUCAGGCCGGCGCCAUCUUGGACCGAAAGCGAGGCUGCCCCUUCCUUUCUUCCUAACCGUCCCCUGGCAAAAGACGGUGCCCCAGAGCAGGAAGCCUGCACGGAGGAUGUGGAGGCGACAGCGACUCUCCCGCCGGCGGUCCGUAGCGCGCUGCCUCCGAUUGUGGAGAGACUGCAUGUAGCCGUCGUGAAGAAUGGCCGCUGAGAACUGCCUUAUUCUCCUCCGUGAAUCUGCUGAAAGCCCUUUUCGAGCCGCCCAAGCGAGUGGCGAUCACCGCAUCUGGUGGCAGGGAGUUCCACAAGCUACUUAUCCACCUGUGAUAGGGUGGGAGAUGUAGUCCAAAGCACCUGGGGGGCACCAGGUUGCCCUGAGAGCUGUUUUCCUCUCCCUACCCCGCGAUGGCUGCAGCCCCCAAUCUUUCCUGCAACGGUGACAGAGACAGCCUCCCUUGCACUGCCCCAACGCCGCUCCCGCCCCCACAGCCCCAAACCUUGAUCCCUGGUCCUGAGGUGGUGGUCACCCCUGAGCGAGACUGCGCCGGGAGGGCACGGAGCGGGAUUCUUCGGCGGCCCCAGCAGGGGAAAGCACCAGGCAGACAAGUUCGUUUCAGGCUGGGGUCGAAGUCUGAUGAUGUCAGGAUGGUUUGCCUGGGUCCCCCUAAGCCCAGACUGGAGGCUGAGGUUCAUUUGAGGCGAGAAUCCAAGUCUGAUGACAGUGGAAAGGUCAACCUGGAACUUCCUAAGCCCCGAGAAGAGGCAGAGGUUACUUUGAGGCUGGGACCCAACUCUGAUGACAGCAGGAAGGUCAGCCCGGAUCCCCCUAAGCACAGUGCGGAGGUGGCCCCCCACGACACCAUCAUCCUGAGGAGAGAGGCCAGUAGGGCUGCUGCAGAGGAAGGAUCGCAUCAACCCCACAUGUUGGGCGCCCCCAUUCCCCACAGCACACUUGCCCUGGGGACGGAGGUGCAGGCUGUGCGGGAGCAGGGAUUCAACGCCUGGCAGGCAGCAGAGGAACUGGUGCAGCGCUCUUUUGUCACCCGUUGCGCUGUGGAAGCUCGGGUGGGCGAGGGUAUGAACAUCCCUCGGGACCAGCAGCUCUAUCAAGGCCUUGUAAGCCUGCAGGUAGCGGAAGAAGAAUUGUUAAGUUCAGCUGUGCAGGAGAAGCUUUCAUUUGUCCGGUCCCGUCCUGGAGCCAGGAAGGAGCCAGACUGCGCAGGCCCCGACCUGUCAGCCUUCUACGACCCAGAGGAGCUGUUCACAGAGAGCCCCUUUCUGGAGGUGGAGGGGCUGCCUCCCAUGAAGCUACAACUUCAGACCCGGGACCCAGCCACCACUUUCAUUAUGUACCAGAAGCUGCGGCAGUGGAAUAGUUAAGCAGGGCACAAGGGGCCUUGGAGAGCCAUCUGCUGCAGCCCCUUUCAACAAAACUGGACUCAAACUGCCUUGUGCGUGAUGCUUUUAUUCAAACAGGACUCUCUUCCUCUCCCCCCCAUAUGCUUUUUAUACAUAAAUGUAAUUGCAAUCAAA